GAGUAUGAGAGAGAGAGAGAGAGAGAGAGAGAGAGAGAGAGAGAGAGAUCAAAUGAAUAGAGGAGUUUUUGAGAGCUCUAUGAUGGGGGGAAACCCUGGUAGCUUAUUGUUGAGCUUGGAUAAUAUUAUGAGGCCAACUCAUCAUCCUCAAGAGACCUAUUCUCUUCUUCCUUCAUCAUCAUCAUCAUCCACAGCUUCAUCAUCAUCUUCUUCUUCACUCUUGCCACAAUUCUUGCAGUCAUCAAAUAUUCAGACUAUGGCCCCUAAUUGGCAUGACAACCAAGAGCUUCCUGAGUCAUGGAGUCAACUAGUGAUGGGAGGCUUGGUAGAGGAAGAGAAUAGGUGUAGUCUCACUCCUUUCCAAACUAAGAAGAUGGAGAAUUGGCAAGAUCCAUUGAUGUAUUCAUCAGCAAAUGCUCGUGGUGUUCUCGAUACCAAGCAAGAAUUAGUAUCUAAUAAGGGAUAUAUCUAUGGCCAAGCUAAUGAAGAAAUCCAAGUACCUAGGUCUUCUUGGAGUCAAAUCCUACCAAAUUCCUCUCCUAAGUCUUGUGUUACUACGAGCUUCAACAGUAGCAUGUUGGACUUCUCCAAUAGCAAGGUGGAAACUAGGAAUCACCACCUUGAUCAUUCAUCUCAAGAGUGCAACAGUACACCAACAGGUUCCCCCUACAAGAAGGCUAGGGUUCAAGCCCCCUCAGCUCAAUCAACUUUCAAGGUGAGGAAGGAGAAAUUAGGAGAUAGGAUCACAGCACUUCAUCAGCUAGUUUCUCCAUUUGGAAAGACUGACACAGCCUCUGUACUGUUAGAAUCCAUUGGCUACAUCAGAUUCCUUCAGAGUCAAAUUGAGGCUCUGAGCUCACCGUACUUAGCCUCCGGAUCAGCUGGCAACAUGAAUGCUUCAGCACAAGGGGAGAGGAGUUGCAUAUUCCCAGAAGACCCAGGUCAGGACGGUAUUGAUCAAGAGCCAAAGAAGGACUUGAGGAGUAGAGGACUAUGCCUUGUUCCGGUGUCCUUCACUCUGCACGUUGGCAGUGAAAAUGGCGCUGAUUAUUGGGCUCCUAAUUUUGCUGGAGGAUUCCGGUGAUCAAGAACGUACCACCGGAGAUAAUGGCAUGCUUGUAAUUUAAAUGUGGAUAUAUAACAUCACAAGCAGUCACCCUGACGAAAAUAUUUUGCUAAUAGGCUGAUUGCUCAUGAUGCUAUAUGUGCACUUAAUUCUUGUUAUAGGUUGCUAAGUUUGGUGAUCAAUUAGGACUGAAGGGCCCUUGCAUGAUGAUGCAAGAAUCAAACUCUCUUAUAUGCAUGUGACUUGCGUCUAGCUAGUAAAUUUGUAAUUUGGCUAAAUUGUAUGUAAGUUAUAGAUGGUUCAUCACUUCUUGAACCAAUGAAAGGAAGUGACUUAUCUCCUUGAAUGUAUACUUAACUACUACAUAUGUAAUAAUUAUAGCUCUCCAAAAAGUAGGUAUCAUUUAUGAGG